GCAUGAACCCUCAUGUUUAUGUAACCUACAGGCAUAUUGUGGCUGCCCUUGUCAUGUUCCCUUUUGCUUACUUUCUAGAGAGAAAAAUGAGACCAAAGAUGACAGUGACUCUUUUCUUGGAAAUUUUUGUGCUUUCUCUGCUGGGGGUUAGUUUAACUCUGAACAUGUAUUUUGCAAGCUUGAGAUAUACCUCUCCAACCUUCGUCGCUUCCAUGGUCAACAUCAUAGCUUCCAUCACCUUCAUCAUUGCAGUGCUGCUCAGGUUAGAAGUUGUUGAUUUUCUUCACCCUAGGGGUGGAGCAAAAGUUCUUGGAACCUUAUUAUCAUUAGGUGGUGUAAUGACUAUGACAUUGUACAAAGGACCUGUGAUAAGGAAUCUAUGGGAUCAUCCUCUGGUUCAGAUUCAUGGGAAAACUCCUAAUCCUAUCCAUGAAGACUGGUUAAAGGGUUCAAUUCUCACUGUCUUAAGCUGCAUAACAUGGUCUAUUUGGUACAUUAUGCAGGCUUUGACUUUGAGAAGAUACCCUGCCCAACUAUCACUAGCAACUUGGAUGUGCUUUGUUGGAGCAGCACAAUCAGCUGUUUUCACAGUAAUAAUGCAACAUAAGCCAUCAGCUUGGGCCAUAGGUUUCAAUAUUGACCUUUGGUCCACCAUUUAUGGUGGAGUUGUCGUCUCCGGGCUGAUAAUCUUCAUUCAACUAUGGUGCAAUGAGAAAAAAGGGCCAGUUUUUGUCACUAUGUUUAACCCUCUCUCUACAAUACUAGUGGCAAUUUUAGCCUACUUUGUCUUUGGUGAGAAACUUCAUUUGGGCAGCAUCAUAGGAGCACUUACUGUGAUCAUUGGAUUGUAUUUGCUAUUGUGGGGCAAGGAAAGUGACCAAAAGAUUCAUAGUCAUAUCAACAACAUUAAAACAACAAUCCCAGAACACUUGUGAAGAUUCUGAUUGCAGAACAUAGCCAACAUUACUUAGAAGCUGCAGCAAAAGGAAUGGUAUUUAUGAUUCAACAAAGAAGCAUUGCAAGUCAAAAUCACCAAUAUAUGUAUGGCUCAUUUCAGAUUUUAUGCAAAUAAAUGAAACCCUUUGGGUUUAAACUCAUCAGCAAGUGAUGAAACGAAUGACUUAGAGUAAAACAA